AAACACUCUUGCUGAUUGCAUAUGUGGAUGGUGAUCUUUUGUGGGGUCUCUCCAGGACCCUAACAUAUGGUACAUCGGCCGGCAACUCCCCAUAGCACUUCCAUCCCAUUGAGCACCUGCUCAAGCUGCCUGAACCUGGAGGCCAGGCUUUGCCUGAUGGACACAGUGGAGGCAACUCUGCCACAUGAGCCCUGCAGACGUCCCUGACUCACCUGUACUGCAAGGGGACUGUGGCCCCCUGGGUUGGACUGAGUAUUGAUCUUCAAGGAUGUGAGAAUUCCAGUUCCCUCCCUGUGCAUCCACAGCAAUUCUGGACCUGACUUCAGUGUGUUGUGCUAACGGAUAUAAAACCAGGUAAGUUGAGUCAACAACAUCAGGAAGAGGAGCCUUGCCUCCAGCUGACACCCACAGAGAUGAGCACAUCUUCUAUGGCUGCAGGCAAAGUCAGAGAACCGCUUCGGUCUGAAUCCAGCUCUGCGGCACACUCCAUACUCCCCAGACUGUUGUUCUCAGGACUUUAACUGAAACCUGGCAGGAUCCCACCUUCAUCUUCCCAGGAUGCCCAGAUAUUAUGGAAUCAUCUUUUUGUACACUGUGAAGAUGUGUUGCUCUCAUUAGUUUAAUAAAGAGCUAAUGACCAAUAGCUAGGUGAGGCAUGUAGACAGGGGAAAGGAGAGCAUGGGUGUGGUGGGGUGAUGAAGGGCAGAGUUGCCAGGAGACUCAGAGAGAAGCAAGAUGAACUUGUACUGAGAAAACGUACCAAGCCAUGUGGUAGAACAUAGAUAAGAAAUAUGGAUUAAUUUAAGUUGUAAGAGGUAGUAACAAGCCUAAGCUAUCGGUUGAGUGUUUAUAAUUAAUAAGUCUCCAUGUUGGUUUUUGGGGAGCUAAUGGUCCCAACAAAACCUCCACCUACCCCCAGCCUCCAUUUUGAGCUUUUCCCUUGAGGACUGGGCUGUGGAUAACCACAGGGACCCUCGCCUGAACUUCUGGAGGCUCCACUGAAUCAGAAAUGGUUCAGGGACUGAACUGGAAAUGCCCCCUGCAGGACUAGACCAUGACUAACCUUCAGUUCCCUUUAGCUUGUCAGAGAUUUCCCUAGCUGAAGAAGUACAGAUUCCACUGUCCAAUCAAGAGCUGGCGUUCUGCCACAUCAUCAGUUACCAGGGGAGGCUGUGGGGCAGUAAGCACCAGGUUAAAGGUCAUCUCCCUCACUUCCUUUACUCUCAGGAGCUUCAAACACACAGUUGUCCCAUCAGCCCUGAGUAGGAGAGGUGAAUGCUCCCCAGGUGCUCAGACUGGUGAGUGAAUGACAGAGCAUCGCAGAGCUGGCUCAGCACUGUGGCCGGAUGAAAGUGAUUCAGCUGCGACUGGAUCAAGCAUUUAAAAUACUAAAGAAAAAAGAAAUUGCUGGUUUGAAAGAGGACCCUCAUACUGAAUUUCUAACUAGCAACUGAUGAUGCUGUUUACAUCUGAUGUUGAUUGGCUCCUCAGCACUGACCUUACUCAACACAGCACCAAAGCAGUGAAUCCCCUGUUUCUUCUGACCUGGGGUGUACAUGGAGAGGGGAGAUAGUUUCCAGGGUGUGAGACCACCACCUCUCCUCUAGCAUGGUGUGUCUGUGGCUCCCCGGAGGCCCCUGUGUGGCAGCUGUGGUCCUGACACUGAUGGUGCUGAGUCCUCCCAUGGCGUUGGUCAGGGACCCCCGACCACGGUUCUUGCAACAAGUGAAAAGUGAAUGCCGUUUCUCCAGUGGGAUGGAGCGGGUGCGGUACCUGCAGAGACACAUCUAUAACCAGGAGGAACACUUGCGGUUUGACAGCUGUGUGGGCAGGUACCAAGCCGUGACGGAGCUGGGACGGAUCCAAGCCGAGUACUGGAACAGCCAGAAGGGCUUCCUGGAGCAGAAGCGGGCCAAGGUGGACACGUUCUGCAGAUUCAACUCCGCCAUUGUGGAGAUAUUAACUGUGCAGCAGAGAGCUGAGCCCAAGGUGACUGUGUACCCGACAAAGACGCAGCCCCUGGACCACCACAAUCUCCUGGUCUGCUCUGUGAGCGGCUUCUACCCCGGACACAUUGAAGUCAGAUGGUUCCGGAACGGCCAGGAGGAGAAGACUGGGGUCGUGUCCACCGGCCUGAUCCGGAAUGGAGACUGGACCUUCCAGACCCUGGUGAUGCUGGAGACGGUUCCUCAGAGUGGAGAGGUUUACACCUGCCAGGUGGAGCAUCCCAGCCUGACCAGCCCUGCCACAGUGGAGUGGAGGGCACAGUCCACAUCUGCACAGAACAAGAUGCUGAGUGGAGUCGGGGGCUUCGUGCUGGGUCUGCUCUUCCUCGGGCUGGGGCUGUUCAUCUACUUCAGGAACCAGAAAGGACAGUCUGGACUUCAGCCGACAGGACUCCUGAGCUGAGGAGAGGUGUCAAGGCUGAAGGAAGAAGUCCCCUGUCUCCAUGGCAUGAAAAUGUGUCCUGUCUGGUUCGCAUUCCUCCACUGACACUGCUUCCCCAGGACCCGGCUCCUCCUGACUCUGGACCUCCAGACCUGUGCUCCCUGUUCAGCCCCUAGCCCCAGCCUGGCAUCCCCUGGGACAGAAGGCCCCCCUGACCUGCCCUUUGCCUGGUGUAUCUGAAUCCAUCUGCUGCCACAG